AUGUCGGCUUUUCAGGAGCACUUCGAGCAGCAUCUGAUGCUUUUGCUUCAGUUAGAUAACGGAUGCUGUCCAGCCAUGGAGAGUCCUGAGAGCAUCUCCAAUAAAGGGCAAACCUCACCUAAUCCCAUUACUGAUUCCCACCUUAUCUCCACUGCAUCAUCCACUCUGAGCCCUGCAGCAAGCACUGUCCUUGCAACCACAACAAUAGCUACUACUACACCUAAGCCACCCUGUGAUGAAAAAUAUGCAGACAUCUCUGUGGAUUACUUAUACAACAACAAAACUAAAUUUUUUAGUGCAAAGCUAGAAGUUAAAGAUGAAGUGAAAUGUGUACCUGAUUGUAUAAACAAGGAGUUGCAUGACCUAAAAGAAUGUAAUACUGUCAAUGUUUCUAUAAGUCAUGAUUCAUGUGCUCCACCUAAACAGUUAGAAUUAGAUGUACCACCAGAGCCUGAAAAGUUUCAAUUACUUGAUUGUACGCAGAAAGAAAAAGCAAAUACUACUAUUUGUUUAAAAUGGGAUAUGACCAGAUCCUUGGAUUGUGAUGAAUAUGAAAUUACAUACAGAUUUAAAUGUGGCGAGCAGACAUUUCCUUAUCACCAAAUGGAAUUAAGGGAACUUCAACCCAAACAUGCUUAUAGUUGUGAUGCAGAAGUAUUUUAUAAUGGCCAUAAGUAUAUUAAAACAAGAACUACUGUUGAAACAGAUCUUGGGAUUCCAAACCAGCCUCGGAAUCUUACUUGUGAUGGUGUAAGUGGUAAUGAAGGCAUAAUUACCUGGAAUCCCCCUGAAGGUGUAUUUCAUAAUUUCACUCUUUGUUAUUGGAACAAGACAGAAGAAAGAUGCUUCAAUCUGGAUAAUACCAAGAACAACCAUCAUUUGGAAGAUCUGAAACCUUUCACAAAGUAUCAUGUCUCAUUAAAUGCCUACAACAACGCAAAAGUCCAACGUAAUGGAACUGCUGUGACAUGUGAAUUUCUAACAAAAACAUCACCUCCCAGUGAAGUCCAGAACGUGACUGUCACCCGGACUUCAGAUAACAGCAUGCUUGUCAAGUGCAAGGCACCCAGGGAGCUUAAUGGUCCCCGCGCACGUUACCAUUUGGAAGUCAAAGCUGGAGCUGCUUUAUUUAAUAAUUAUGAAGAAGAUAUCUGCUUCUUCUCUGUAGAAAAUCUUCACUAUUCAACAAACUAUGAGUUUUGGAUCCAUUGUAACAAUGGGAAGUUUGAUGGAGAGAAAGUUAUUAUGCAUCGGUCAACAUCUUAUAAUUCUAAAGCACUGAUAUCAUUUCUGGCAUUUCUGAUUGUUGUGACAUCAAUAGCCCUGAUUGUUGUUCUCUAUAAAAUCUAUGAUCUGCAUAAGAGAAGAUCCUGCAGUUCAGACGAUCGAUAUGAACUUGUUGAAAGAGAGGAUGAGAAACAACUGAUGAGUGUGGAACCAAUCCAUGCAGAUGUUUUGUUGGAAACCUAUAAAAGAAAGAUUGCUGAUGAAGGAAGACUCUUUCUGGCUGAAUUUCAGAGCAUUCCACGGGUAUUCAGCAAGUUUCCUAUCAAAGAUGCUCGAAAGCCCUUUAAUCAGAAUAAAAACCGUUACGUUGACAUCCUUCCUUAUGAUUAUAACCGUGUUGAACUCUCUGAGAUAAAUGGAGAUGCAGGGUCAAACUACAUAAAUGCCAGCUAUAUUGAUGGUUUCAAAGAACCCAGGAAAUAUAUUGCUGCACAAGGUCCCAGGGAUGAAACUGUUGAUGAUUUCUGGAGGAUGAUCUGGGAACAGAAAGCCACGGUUAUUGUCAUGGUUACUCGAUGUGAAGAAGGAAACAGGAACAAGUGUGCAGAAUACUGGCCAACCAUGGAAGAGGGCACUCGGGCUUUCGGAGACAUCAUUGUGAAGAUCAACGAGCACAAAAGAUGUCCCGAUUAUAUCAUUCAAAAACUGAACAUCACAAAUAAAAAAGAAAAAGCAAGUGGAAGAGACGUGACUCACAUUCAGUUUACCAGCUGGCCAGACCACGGAGUACCUGAAGACCCUCACCUGCUGCUCAAACUGAGAAGGAGGGUGAACGCCUUCAGCAACUUCUUUAGCGGUCCUGUGGUCGUGCACUGCAGUGCUGGCGUUGGGCGCACGGGCACCUACAUUGGGAUCGAUGCCAUGCUGGAAGGCCUGGAAGCUGAGAACAAAGUGGACGUCUACGGUUACGUGGUCAAGCUGAGACAGCAGAGAUGCCUGAUGGUUCAAGUGGAGGCACAGUACAUCUUGAUCCAUCAAGCCUUAGUAGAAUACAAUCAGUUUGGAGAAACAGAAGUGAGCUUGUCUGAAUUACAUCCAUAUCUACAUAACAUGAAGAAAAGAGACCCACCCAGUGAACCGUCUCCAGUAGAGGCUGAAUUCCAGAGACUUCCUUCAUACAGGAGCUGGAGGACGCAGCACAUUGGAAAUCAAGAAGAAAAUAAAAACAAAAACAGGAAUUCUAAUGUCAUCCCAUAUGACUGUAACAGAGUGCCACUGAGACACGAACUGGAGAUGAGCAAGGAGAGCGAGCAUGACUCUGAUGAAUCCUCGGAGGAUGACAGUGACACCGAGGAGACAAGCAAGUACAUCAACGCCUCCUUCAUCAUGAGUUACUGGAAGCCUGAAGUGAUGAUUGCUGCCCAGGGACCACUAAAAGAAACCGUUAGUGAUUUUUGGCAGAUGAUCUUCCAAAGAAAAGUCAAAGUGAUUGUUAUGCUGACGGAGUUAGAGCAGGGAGGCCAGGAAAUCUGUGCUCAGUACUGGGGAGAAGGAAAGCAAACAUAUGGAGAGAUAGAAGUUGACCUUAAAGACACAAACAAAUCUUCAGCUUAUACCCUCCGUGUCUUUGAACUGAGACAUUCCAAGAGAAAAGACCCUCGCACCGUGCACCAGUACCAAUAUACCAACUGGAACAUGGAACAGCUUCCUGCGGAACCCAAAGAAUUAGUCUCUAUGAUUCAGACCCUCAAACAAAAACUUCCCAAGAAGAAUUCCUCUGAAGGGAAUAAGUAUCACAGGAGCGCGCCUCUCCUCAUUCACUGCCGAGAUGGAUCUCAGCAAACAGGAAUAGUUUGUGCUUUGCUAAAUCUCCUGGAAAGCGCAGAGACAGAAGAGGUGGUGGAUGUUUUUCAAGUAGUAAAAUCUCUACGCAAAGCGAGGCCGGGGAUGGUCUCCACGUUUGAGCAAUACCAAUUCCUGUAUGAUGUCAUUGCUAGCACCUACCCUGCCCAGAAUGGACAAGUAAAGAAAAGCAACAAGCAGGAAGACAAAAUUGAAUAUGAUAAUGAGGUGGACAAAGUAAAGCAGGAUGCCAAUUGCGUGAGUCCACUCGAUGCCCCGGAGAAGGUCUACGAAGGGAACACGGAGGCCGAAGGCUCUGAACCCACCAGCGGCACUGAGGGACCGGAACAUUCCGCCAAUGGUCCUGCAAGUCCAGCGUUAGCUCAGAGUACAUAGGAAGAGAUGUAAAUGGCAUCUCAAAAACUUAUAUUUUCUGGUCUAUUUUUCUAGAAGUAGGAGGGGAAAAUACGUAUACAGUAGAUUAAUGAAGUUUCUGUUUUAUUACCAUGGAAAAAUAUUUAAGAUAGUUCUGCUGAAACGUUUUGUACAGUCCUAUGCUAAUUUUAAAAUUUUAUCAUUCAGCAAAAACAACUUUGUAGUCUUUGCGUGUGUGUUUGCGUGUGUGUUUGCAUGUGUGUGUGCCUGUGUGAGACAGCGAGAGAGACUACUUUCAAGUGAAUUUAAAUCCUCUUGAUAAACUUUGCCUUUUUGUUUUUCUAAAGAAAAAAACAUUUUAUAUUGAAAGUGUUAAUUUAGCUAUAAGCAUCUAUUUUUUAAAUCAAAUUAUGUUUGAGCUCUUUGUAAGAAUGGCAACAUGUACAUUUCUAGAAUGGCCUCAAGAUGGCCUCCUUGUUCUAUUCAGAUAUAUCUUGCAGUUACUAUUUUACUUCUAGAGAGCAUAUAAAAGUGGUGUUCCUGUGUGCAUACCUACUGCAAGAAAGUUAAGUAAAUUAACAUUAGGAAAUCUUACACUCCAGAUAUCAGCAUUUAGUCCAAUUAUCUUUUUAAGUGUAUUUAAUUUAAAAAUUUCAUGUGAAGCUUCUUGGAGUCUUUAUAUGCAGUUUACAAUUUUGCC